CGAUACUUGAGACAAUAAUUCGCUUAUUUUGCUCUUUUCUGAGUGGUGUAGCUCAUUCUGAGUUCCGUUCUAUUGCCGUUAAAGUAGCUUUUAAUUCAAAAUUUGAAUCGUGUCUCGCGCUCAGCUGACGUUGGGCGCGCGGGCGGCAGUUGGUCUGGAAAGAGCGAGAAACCGCAUCUAGUUUUAUUUAUCGUGGAAUGAGCUUCCAUUCACCCGUCCUGUCCUUUGCACAAUGGAUGUCCGUUCCGUCUGCCUAAUCGGCCAAACUAAAACGCAUUGUAGCAGCACCAGUCUGUUCAGAGGAUAGCAAUAGCCCCCUUACUCUCCACCCUCUCCCUCAGCAUUACACAUCAGUUUAACCGCCAGAUUCUCUCUCCGGUGUCUGAAUUGUUUUAAAUUGCUGUAUUAGCCGAGGGCGACGGUAGGUAGGUUUGGGGAUUUGAAAAAUAAAAUACGUUCAACACUAGUACCUCAGUUAUUUAAGCAAUUCUAGUGUGCUGCUUUAAUUAAGGGCUUUAUUUCAUCUGUAAGAUCUAAGUGAAGUCGUUUAAAACUUGAAAUAAUAUUCCACAAUGGUGUCGACAACUUUGGCUACGUUUACGAUCGUGAGCACCGUCGCGAUUGCCGCUCAGGCGCAGACGAACCUAUGGCUCCUGAUAGUCGGCUUCAUCAUAGCUUUCAUCCUGGCCUUUUCGGUGGGCGCCAACGAUGUAGCAAACUCCUUCGGUACGGCCGUGGGCUCGGGUGUGGUCACGCUUAAAGUCGCUUGCAUCCUCGCUACCGUGUUCGAGACCCUGGGCUCUGUGCUUCUGGGGGCCAAGGUCAGCGAGACGAUACGCAAAGAAAUCAUAGACGUGAACAUGUACAACGGCACGGAGCACAUCCUCAUGGCUGGAUCCAUAAGCGCCAUGGUCGGUUCUGCUGUAUGGCAGCUGGUCGCUUCUUUUCUCAGACUGCCCAUUUCGGGCACUCACUGCAUCGUGGGAGCCACCAUCGGCUAUUCGCUAGUGGCUAAAGGUCAGCAGGGAGUCCGCUGGCUUCAGCUGCUGCGAAUCGUUGCAUCUUGGUUCCUCUCCCCUCUCCUGUCUGGACUGAUGUCUGCCGUUCUGUUCUACUUUGUCCGCAUGUUUAUCCUGCAAAAGAAAGACCCGGUUCCCAACGGCCUCAAAGCUCUGCCCGUCUUCUACGCGGUCACUAUGGGGAUCAACCUGUUUUCCAUCAUGUUUACAGGCGCACCGAUGCUGGGAUUUGCUAAACUGCCCUGGUGGGGAAUUCUUCUCAUCUCGAUCGGCUUCGGCAUCCUCACCUGGAUCGUCGUCUGGUUUGCCGUUUGCCCCUGCCUCAAGAAAAAGAUUGCACGUAAGAUCAAGUCAUCAAGCCCCUCUGAGAGCCCCUUAAUGGAGAAGCAGGAGAUGUCGGAGCCACACUGCCCCAUCCUCAAACCAGCAGCUGAGGUGACCACAACCAACCAGACCUCCAGCACGCCCCCAUCAGCACCUCAGUUUGAAGAACGCAGGGUGACUUUUGACAUCGGGGAUGCGGAUGAUGCCGAAUCGAAGGACAGCGAGACCAGCAAUGAAAGCGCUCCAAAAACCAUCCACGUUCAGUUCAGCAACGGCCCCACCCACGUUCCCAGCAACGGCUACAGCCAGUACCACACGGUCCACAAAGAUUCCGGCCUCUAUAAAGACCUGCUGCACAAACUGCACCUGGCCAAGGUGGGCGACUGCAUGGGCGAGGGCGGCGACCGACCCAUCCGCCGCAACAACAGCUACACCUCCUACACCAUGGCCAUCAUCGGCCUCCACGGCGAGUUCAAACCCAAAGAGUCCGACUUCCACGCCUGCGCGGACGGAGACAAGGACAAGGUCCCGGAGCGCAAGAGGAUCAGGAUGGACAGCUACACCAGCUACUGCAACGCCGUGGCCGAGACCGGCGCCCCCGACAGCGCCGCGGAAGCCGAGGUCACCCUGGAGAUGGUGGAGGAGGACCGGGGGAGCAGCCGCGGCUCGCUGGAGGAGGACGGAGCCGAGGCUGAUAAACCCGAGGUCUCCAUGCUCUUCCAGUUCCUGCAGAUCCUCACCGCCUGCUUCGGCUCGUUCGCUCACGGAGGAAACGAUGUCAGCAAUGCUAUCGGCCCGUUGGUGGCGCUGUGGCUGGUCUAUGAGAGCGGCUCUGUGUCGUCCAACCAACCCACCCCAAUCUGGCUGCUGCUGUACGGAGGAGUGGGCAUCUGCAUCGGGCUUUGGGUUUGGGGCAGGAGAGUCAUCCAGACCAUGGGCAAAGACCUCACUCCAAUCACGCCCUCGAGUGGGUUCAGCAUCGAGCUGGCCUCUGCUGUCACCGUGGUGGUCGCCUCUAACAUCGGUCUGCCCGUCUCUACCACACACUGCAAGGUGGGCUCUGUGGUGGCUGUGGGCUGGAUGCGCUCCCGGAAGGCCGUGGAUUGGCGCCUCUUCCGUAACAUCUUCAUGGCCUGGUUCGUCACCGUGCCCAUCUCCGGCCUCAUCAGCGCCGCCAUCAUGGCUCUGUUCACCUACGUCAUUUUCCCCUGAAGCACUCGGGCCCUGCUGUAGCUUCUAUCAUUCGCAGCUAAAAAACAAAAAGCAAGCGAGGUGUCUGAUCUCGACCCUCUUACUGCCUUGCUCAUUUUUUUUACCCACCCGUCCCAGUUUUUCCAUCUUCGGUGGGGGCAAAAUUUCUGUUAACUAGGGUCCAUGUCUCUUAGCCUGCGGCGUGCACCGACGAUCCGUGCUCGCUGUUUCAGGGUGAACGUGCCGUGCGAACAGGCUCAUUUAGCUCUUUCUGUUUUCCUUUAUUUGAUUUAGAUCAAUCAUCACCGUGGAAACAUACUUACUUUGUAAAUAGUUGGUCAUAAAAAGAGAAAGUAUCUUUUUAGAUUUGUAAUUAUGUACAGAACUCUUUGGUUUGUAGUCGGGAGGGACGAUUACGCUGCAGUAUUAGCCGUCCUCCGAGACGUUUGUACACUCUUCAUCUCGCCCGGAGCAGUAUUCAGGUCCGAACGAGGUCGCCGGCUGGUCCAUUUUAUUUCCAAUCAUUUAAAUACUGAGGAGAGAUUAAAUGCUCUGAGAAAUUUGGCUGCUUUCUUGUUGUUCUUUCCAUGGUUUAAAAAACAAAUGAAUAAAUAAGUAAAUUAGUUGGUCCUGCAACUUUAUUCCUAAUUGUCCACCAGAUAAAAUCACCACAAAGGGGCUUUAGGAUGCUCAUGAGUUGUCUUAAUACAAGAUAUAUGCAAAAGUUUGGACACCUUUGGUUCAAUUCUGCGCUUUGAGUAUUUCAGUUGAUUCUGGUGCUUAAUUUCUAUUUGUUGGCAAUCAGAACUUGUGGAUAAAAGGUUUUUCCCUUCACAGAGGGUGUAAUUAUUAUUAUGAUUAUUAUUUUUAAUAAGUAAGCAAAGCAAAAAUCUUCCCCAAAAUCUGAUUCAGAUAUAAAUCUGAUAUGAAACCCCAGAAAACAAUUUUACAUCUGAUCGUUUCGCGUUCGGUCAUAUUUGGUCCAAUAAAACCUUGUAUAAAUAAAUACAGAAUUGAUUCUCGAUCUGAUCCAGUGCACUGUGUGCGCUGUGCUGUCAUCACAUAGCUCUGUUCUUGGAUGCUGAUGCUGAUCAGUGUAGCAAGGAUACCUGCAGCAUCUCACAUGAACCCGGUCCAAUGCUUUUGUUAAAUUGGAGGCAGAAAAUGCUCCUCUGAGUUCAUUAAACUCUGAAUUUGGAUGCAUUUGGGACCAGUUUUAAGGCUGCACUGAUGUGCGCCCCCCCCAUUCCCAAUGACUAGGGUCAUGCGGUUCCUUCUGCAUUUGUGAGCCCAGUAUAGGAUUAACCCCCCGCCCCCCAAACUUCCAUUAAGAAUGACUUAAGAAUGUCAAAAUAAAAAAGACCACGCCCAUGUCACAAGUACCUUUUAUUUAUUUCGAAGCCCGCCCAUGACUCUCUGGCCACUUUUAGCUGUCGUCUCUUUAUUUCAUGACUGAGUAAACUUUCUGCUUCUUAGCCGGGGUUACAGGACCACUUUCUGAGCUGGAAGGUGCAGGACGUGAAACCUAAAUGCUGGAAACGAGACCUUAAAAUUCUCCUGUAAAACUUGACCAGCUGAUCAGCUUCGAGCGUGGUGUAGUAAUAAACCUGAUGCAGAUUGUACAAACGUGCACUCCUACGCUGAAGCACGCGUGUAGCUCCGCCGGUGGUGUGUUUUUUAUUAUCGGCGCCCCUGCUGGAACGAUAGCGGCCGUGCUUACAGUUACUGCUGUAAAACUAGAGCACGUGGCAACCCGGCUGCCACGCUUACUGCAUCUUGAUCUUUAGGAUUGCUUUAGUUGCCUUAAAUUGUUAUUAUUUUUAUUAUUAUUUGUUUAUUUAGGUACCAAAGAAAAAAAAACUUGCUGUGUAUAUUAUUGUAAGCAUAUUAAUAUUUUGUCUGAUGAACUUGUCUGAAAAUAAUAAAAUGUUUUUGGUGGAA